AACACAGCUAGAAAGAAGCACUCUCUCCCCCCACUAGCCAACACACAAACCGCAAAUUAAGUCUCACUCUCCAUAUCUUUUCUAAUUAAACUUGCUAGCUUCUUUCAAAUGGCUCCCAACUUAAGCAAGAAUGCCCUGCAGGAUGUUAUGGGGCUGGUGGAUGGUGAACAACCAUUGUCAAUAACUCUAGAAGGAAAAAACUUUCUUGCUAACGGCCAUCCAGUUCUCACUGAAGUCCCUACUAACAUUAUAGCCACACCAUCGCCAUUUCUUUCUUCAAACAAGACCAAGAACCUGGUCGGCUGCAUUGUGGGGUUUCAUGCUCAUGAACCCAAAAGCCAUCAUGUUGUUCCCAUUGGCAAGCUCAGUGGCAUAAGAUUCAUGAGUAUAUUCAGGUUCAAGGUCUGGUGGACAACCCACUGGAUUGGCAAUAGCGGAAAGGAUGUGGAGCAUGAGACACAGAUAAUGAUCUUGGACAGAAAUGACCUGCGACGCCCCUAUGUCCUGCUACUUCCACUCCUUGAAGGGCCUUUCAGGGCUUCUCUUCAGCCUGGGGUUAACGACAACGUCGACAUUUGUGUGGAAAGUGGGUCCACUCAAGUGUGUGGGUCCAGCUUCAGGAGUUGCUUGUACAUGCAUGUUGGCGAUGAUCCAUAUAGUCUUGUUAAGGAAGCCAUGAAGGUGAUUAGAGUCCAUUUGGGCACUUUUAGGCUUCUCGAAGAGAAAACCCCACCAGGUAUUGUAGAUAAAUUUGGUUGGUGCACCUGGGAUGCAUUUUAUCUUACCGUACACCCCGAAGGUGUACGGGAAGGUGUUAAGGGCCUCGUGGAGGGUGGGUGCCCUCCAGGUAUGGUCCUUAUUGAUGAUGGGUGGCAGUCAAUAUGUCAUGACGAUGAUCCCAUUAGUGAGCAAGAAAGCAUGAAUCGUACGGCUGCUGGAGAGCAAAUGCCAUGUAGAUUAGUAAAAUUUGAAGAGAAUUACAAGUUUAGGGACUAUGAGAGUCAUAAGGUCAGUAAGGUGUCCUCUGGCAGGGGCAUGAGCGCGUUUAUUGGAGACCUUAAAGAGGAGUUUGGGACAAUAGAGCACGUGUAUAUUUGGCAUGCUGUUUGUGGAUACUGGGGUGGGGUUAGACCCGCUGUCGGUGGGAACAUGCCGGAGUCUAGGGUCAUUAGUCCUAAGUUGUCGCCGAGUCUGCAGAUGACGAUGGAAGAUCUAGCGGUGGAUAAGAUCGUCAACAAUGGAGUAGGACUGGUCCCGCCAGAGCUGGCCUACAAGAUGUACGAGGGACUCCACUCUCAUCUCGAAUCUGCUGGGAUCGAUGGUGUGAAAGUUGAUGUUCUUCAUCUGCUAGAAAUGCUAUCCGAGGAAUUUGGCGGUCGGGUGGCUCUUGCUGAAGCUUAUUACAAGGCACUAACGGCUUCUGUGAGGAAGCAUUUCAAAGGGAAUGGAGUCAUUGCUAGUAUGGAGCACUGCAAUGACUUUAUGUUCCUUGGUACAGAGGCCAUUGCUCUAGGACGUGUUGGGGAUGAUUUUUGGUGCACCGACCCAUCAGGGGAUCCGAAUGGGACAUACUGGCUACAGGGGUGUCACAUGGUGCACUGUGCCUACAAUAGCUUGUGGAUGGGCAAUUUUAUACACCCAGAUUGGGACAUGUUCCAAUCGACCCAUCCUUGUGCUGAAUUCCAUGCGGCAUCGAGGGCUAUUUCGGGUGGACCAAUUUACGUGAGUGAUUCUGUUGGCAAGCACAACUUCAAGCUGCUGAAGGCCCUGGUUUUGCCUGAUGGGUCCAUUUUGCGCUGCCAAUAUUACGCACUUCCUGCUAGAGACUGCCUAUUUGAAGACCCGUUACAUGAUGGGAAAACUAUGCUCAAGAUUUGGAACCUGAACAAGUAUACAGGAGUUCUAGGAAUCUUCAAUUGCCAAGGUGGAGGAUGGUGCCCCGUAGCAAGGAGAAACAAGAGUGCGAACCAGUUUUCACAAAGUGUGACCUGUUCGGCCAGUCCCAAAGAUAUUGAAUGGAACAGUGGAAAGAGCCCAAUAUCUGUAAAAAGAGUAGACGUAUUCGCUGUUUAUAUGUUCAAGGAAAAGAAAGUGAGGCUGUUGAAGUCAUCAGAGAAGUUGGAGAUUUCCCUUGAACCAUUCAAUUAUGACCUGCUUACAGUUUCUCCAGUGACAGUAUUACCAAGAAAAUCAAUUCAAUUUGCUCCCAUUGGACUAGUGAACAUGCUUAAUACUGGAGGUGCAAUCCAGUCAGUAAUGGUUGUUGAUGAUGAAAGCUUGAUAAGAAUCGGGGUCAAGGGAAGUGGAGAGAUGAGGGUGUUUGCAUCAGGAAACCCAGUGGGUUGCAAGAUUGAUGGGGUAGAUGUUGAGUUCUGCUACCAUGAUCAAAUGGUCACCAUUCAAGUCCCGUGGCCUAGUUCUCCCAAAUUGUCUGUGAUGGAGUUCUUGUUUUAAGUGGAAAACAUGUGUUCUUAUCGAUCCUGAUGGAUUACGAACCCUUCGCCAUUGUAAUGAAGCUUUCUUUUUCACUUUUUUUAUUUGUAAGAACGAAGUUUGCCUGUCUGUUC